AUGCGAAAAAUUAUAGAGUUAACCAUGUCGGAUUCCAGCGGGAAAUUGAUGUGGAAGUUGGAUCUCCUCGAAGUCAAGUUCCACAACGCUUCCCCGAGGUACAGAAACACCAAAAAACUCUUGGGGGCCCGUCACAAUGAGAAAUUGAUGAAAAAACUCCCCAAUGCUAACGAAGCCGAAAAUCAGAUUCACCAGUUAAAGCACGAAAUAUUUGGCAAAAAGUACCAUGCGUGUGUGAAAAAACUCCAUAGAGAGACCAAGAAACUCCUCAAACCUAACUCUGGCUCAAAGGAUAUUUUGGAGCCAGAAAUCCUCGACAAACUCGUGGUGUCUCGCGUCAUCAAAGCCAUAACCACUGCCAUGCUACCGACAAAACAACUCAAGGAGAACCCCCCACAGUAUAUCCCCGAGGAGAUCAGAAGCAUCAUCACCGACAAGUCUCAUACCUCAAAUCCUUCUGGAUUUUUCAACACCUACUGCAAAGACGAUAAGAAUCGCAACAAGAUAAUAUCCAACUUGUUUAACAAAAAAAGCAUAAAAGCCUUCGUUAGCGAAAUGGAAUGGACUUUCCGAGUAGUACGAGGUAAUAUCACCAAACAGGAGAAAUCCCUCCACCAGAAAUCCUCAAAGACAGAAAACAGUGAUCUGGACAAUGAGAAUGAAGACGACGAAGACAACAGAAUCGCCUACUCUUCCGACUCAGACUUGGAAUCCGAUGAGCCAGCUGCCCAUUCCAAGACCUCAGAUGUCGAAUCUGAGCCAGAAUCUGAACCAGAAUCCGACUCCAAAUCGGAGCCAGAAUCCGCAACUCAAAAGUAUAAUCUUCCACAAUUGGCAACCGGGUACUUUUCUGGUGGCUCAGACGACGACGGUUCAGACAUUGACGAAGACCAAGUGGUCAAGAGUGUGACUGAACGACGCAAGAACAGAAGAGGUCAACGAGCAAGACAAAAAAUAUGGGCACAAAAGUACGGCAAAGAAGCCAAGCAUAUUAAAGAAGAGCGUACAAGAUUGGCAUCGGAAAGAGAACAGAGACAACUCGAAUACGAAGAAAGAGAAAGAAAACGGCAAAUGAAGCGACAAGCAGAGCCUACUGGCUCCAAUAACCAGCCACUUGGUGAUCGAAGUGAAAAGACGGCUCUGGUAGAAGAAAAGUUGCAUCCUUCAUGGCAAGCCAAAAAAUUGGCAGAAAAGACCAUUACUGCCAAAUUCACAGGAAAGAAAAUUAGAUUCGACUAG